GAUCAAAGUUACGUGGUUAAAAACAAGAACCCUAACAUCCUCUCCCCUCGUCGCUGCUGCACGGCGGUUCAAGAGAGCGAACGAGGAGAAAGGCAAAUCUCGCCCCAGCGAUCGUUCGUCGCUACUGCGAUUUAUGGCUUCGUCGCCGGCUCUCAGGGAAGUCCAGCGCGACAUCGAAACCCAAGCGAAUGCCCUCAGCAAGCUCCAGAAAGACAUCGCCAAGAACCACCAAGUAAGGAAGCAGUAUACGAUCCAGCUCGGCGAGAACGAGCUUGUCCUCAAGGUGUUCCCUCUUACCCUUCUUUUCUUUCUUAGAUCUUUUGGCUAUGUAUCAAGGAUCGAUGUUGAUGCCCAUAAUUUGCAGGAAUUGGAGUUGUUGAAUGAGAAUGCCAAUGUGUAUAAGCUGAUAGGGCCGGUGCUCGUGAAGCAGGACCUGGCGGAGGCCAAUGCCAACGUCCGCAAGAGGAUAGAAUACAUCUCUGCCGAACUGAAGCGUCUCGAAGGGACCCUCCAAGAUUUGGAAGACAAGCAGAACAGCAAGAGGGAUUCGAUUUUAAAAUCACAACAGAAGAUUCAAGCUCUUCAGGCUGGAAAAGCCAAGUCCUAGCUUGCUGUUCUAUGUAAUGACUAGUUGGCAUUUGUCUGUCCUGCUAUCUCCUUUUUGCUUUGUUUGUUGAAGUACCUUAUCCUUCUGUUUUAAGCUAUAUUAGAUCAGCUACUGCAGUAGGAAAGCUUUCAGGGCAGAUCUGUGGGUGUGCAUAUUGAGUUUUGGUUUUUCUGGUUCUUGCUUUUGAUAUGUAACUCAGUAACGAGGGCAGCCCAAACUAGGGACGACAAAUGACAAUGUGCUGCAUUUUGGCUUUGUUAGCAUUGCGAUUUGUAAUAUAUUGAUGGCUGUGUGGCAUAUUGAUGUGUUAUCAA